ACUACUUCCAGAGAGAGCGCAGCUACAGUGAAUGAACUUAAUUCCGAAGCUCACGAAAGUGGUCCGGUCCCUGGAAGUCAUGACCGCGACGAUCAGCCAUCUACGUUGAAUGAGAAUAAUGCUCCUGAUCAGAACAGUGCCUAUCAGGAGGAACAAACAGGCCCUUCUCAAGACACUGAAGAUGGUGGUCGUGAAGCUGAGCCAGCUGAACACGUUCCAUCAAAGCUGACCACAAGCCCUGCCGAUCGACAGGAUGGGAACGUACCACCCAUAGAGACUGAUACCCCUACUUCUGGAGGCGAUCUACAACGGGUAAAGCAUUCGAAGACAUCACUCGCCUCUCGUUCAUUGAAGUCCGAAGGGCCCAGGCCGUCGCCUGUUCGCAAGCGACCAUUUGAAAAAGCGAAACCUAACAUUAAGGUGAAGAAAUCUAGGGCAACUAGUCAUAGUGUAGAAGAAGCAAAGUCGACACCGGCCUCGAGCGCCACGGAUGCAACUGUUCCUGAAGCGCCUGCAGCAGAUGAAGCACAAGAUACUGUAACUCGUGAGCCGAACAAUGACACCACGAGUAGUUCAGAGCCUCGAGCACCAGCUCCGACACCGAUCAAGCCACAACAGGCUGAAGAAGAUCUAUUCAAGAGAACUCGGCCGGUCAACCGGAAUAAACUGAAACGACCGUUACGAUCACGCAGAUAA